AUGUCGCUGCUCGGGACCCUUCGCCCACUCAUUUGUGCAAUUGCCGUUUCGGUGUGCUGCGGCGCAGCUCCCAAGAACCGGCAGGGGAAGUUUGAGGCUGAGACGUUGGAGGCUGAAGUCUCCCAGGAUGGUCACAUCGCGAUGCACAACUCGUUGAAACCUUCCUUCAAGGAUCCAGACACCGAAUUCAUUGAGCUGGAGGAGGAGGAGGAGGAGCAGGAGCAGGAGGAGGAGGAGGGGGAGGAUGAGAAACAUGAUGAGGACGCCGAGCAGGAGUCAGCGGGAUGUCGUCGGCGAGAUUGUCGUCGGCGUUUUACUUGUCAUAGGAGGAGAGUGAAUUGCGUUUGGGCGACAUGGAAACCUUGGACUCAGUGUAGCAAGGCUUGUGCCACGGGCAAGACAACCAGAGUCCGCCCAUUUGCCAGAGCGGCCGCCCACGAGGGCUGCGCCUGCACUGGGCCCAGCAAGGAGGAGAAAACUUGCAAUACUCAUGCUUGUCCCAUCAACUGCGCGUGGGGCAAAUGGAACGCCUGGCAAAAGUGCUCCAAGCCCUGCGGCGGUGGGGAGCAGAAGCGGAACCGGCCCGUGGCCAAAGCGGCUGCCCACGGCGGAAAGAAGUGCGACGGCGCAGCAGAGGAGAAGAAAAAGUGCAACGAACACAAGUGCCCCAUUGAUUGCGUGUACGGCGAGUGGGGCGAGUGGGCUGACUGCAGCGUCACUUGUGGCAAUGGGACCCGUAAGCACACCAGAGAGGUGGAGACGGAAGCGCAACAUGGAGGUAAAGAGUGCGAGGGAGAAGCUGAAGAAGAAGGGCCAUGUGAUCCGGUGCCUGAGAAGUGCGGGGCACUCGGGUCGCAGGUGUUUCGGGCCCCUGAAACGGGGCAUAAGGCUCCAGAUCGGGAGACCUUCUACCAGAGCUUCGCAUUCCUCUGGACCUUUGUUCUACGGCUGGCCGCGACAAGGGGCCAUUUGACUCGAUUCAACAGGUGCCGGCUUCGAGUUCUGCCGCCCGGCGCCAGAGCGGGAGUUCAAGUACCACAGGUGAAACCUGGUCCAGCGCUUCACUCCAGGAAUGGAAGCUUCGAUUGGAUUCGAACGGCCAACGAGAAGGAAGAUCGUGAUCUGCGUGCGCAGACGGCCACGCUGACGCUGAAGGCCUGCCGAGCCUGUGGAUAUCAGCUCUCAGCGGGUGGUGUGGUGCCCUUGAGGCAUACGGAUAUGAUGGUUGAAGGCGCCAUUUUGCGGCGGGAAUGGGAUGAGAGAAGGUGGCCGCGCGCCUGGGCCCCCCCGAGCCGGGGCUUCUUCAGCUCGCCCGCGCCGCCGCGGCUGACGACCGCCGCGCAGGGCACAGCGCUGGACGCGGCGCUGGCGCUCGCGGAGCGCCGCGCGCGGGUGGCGGUGCUGAGUGCGGCGUCCGCCGGGGGCGCCCAGGGGGAAACCGAGCUGCGGUACCCAGCCUACCAUCCGUGCGGUGGAUUCCGCACUGGUGGGCGGCACGCCUUGGAGGAGUCGAUGUGCGUCCAAUCCACGUUGUCCCUCUCGUUGCAGCGCGCGCUCUACAUCUCCAGACAUGGAAACGCUCAAGUGUCCGUGCCAGAACGCUUGAAGCGCGACCAAAGGAGCGAGUGGUUCUGCUACAUCCCAGAGACCGGUGGGAUCUUGAGCCCCAAGGUGGAGGUCUUCCGCAAGGGCUCCGCGGAAGGUUAUGGCUUUCUGCCGAGCCCUGUGGAGUUGGCGUCCGUGGUCAGUGUGGCCAUGCCCAACAAGAACCCCAACGUCAAGGACUCCCCGUUGGAUGCUCCUGAGUCGCCUGAUGAGUACCGAGCGUUGCUGGUGGCCAAGCUCAAGGUGGCCUUGGGCGCCGCCGCCAUGAGCGGUGCCAGCGCGUGCGUGGUGCCUGGCCUGGGGUGCGGAGUCUUCAAGAACGAUCCAGGAGAUGUGGGUGCUGCCUUAGGCGAGGCGAUCGCCUGGGCGCCCUUGUGUGGGAAGCUCCAAGAGGUGAUCCUGGCAGGAGUCCCAAAGGCCCUGGAGGCCGCCGCCCGGAGGCUCUGGCUAUGCAUCAGGGUGAACGCUGAGAAGCAAUGA